AGGAAUGAGCUGAAAGCUGAAGUGAGGGCAUCAUAAAAGAAGCUGCUGCUCACUUGGUUUUUGUGGGUGUCUUAACAAUGGGUUCUGGAUUCUGUUCAAUAUUUCUUUUUGCCUUGUUUCCUGCUUAUGUAACCUGUUGGGGGAAUUAUGAAGGAAGCAUGCCAGAUGGUGAUGUUCAAAGAUUUUUAACACCUACCUUACCAGUGAUUGGUUCUGAGGUGAAACAAAAGGCAAUUUGGAAUGAACUUUCCUAUGGUUCUGUUCGUCAGCCAUAUUAUCGAGGCACCCAUGAAAGUUAUGAUGCCAAAGGAAGUUUGUUUGUGGGCUCAAAUGCUAAAUCAUACACAAAAGACUGUCAGGCUCCAGCUAAAAGUGGCAAUCGAGAAAAUAUGAUGAAUUUUAAUUCUAAUUCACUAUCAAAAUAUGGUGGCUCAAGUUGUGGUCAACCCUCUACUCAAUAUGAGUCUCGUACAGAUACUAAUUCCCUCAAAAAUGUCCAGGUUGGUAGCCGACUUGCUUCAGCCUUGUCUCAAAGUGGGCCCACAUUGAGAAAAACCUUGAAAGUACCUGAAUUGAGUAGUUUAAAAAUCUCUAGAGGUGAAUCUAGUUAUGGGGCAGGUCAGAGUAUUAACAAUGUCCAGAUAGCCAGUAACAGUUUUGGCCCACUGCUGAAAGGAUCGCCUGUGCAAUCAAAUAUAAAUCCAGGAAAACUCUCUCAGGGUGGACCUUCAGUUGUUAGUUCGGGACCAGUCUUUGUAGUUCAAGAUAAAGAGAGUGCCCAAGGUCAAAAUGGCUUUCCAGAUUAUGGAAAACCGCCUGUUCAUAGACUCAUUAAACCCUACAAGGGCAGUCAGACCUCUAGAGAUGGUAGCUUGUCUGCUAGCAGUCUGGGAAAGGCAUGGAAAAAGACACUUCAAUACUCCAAGAGUGGAACUCAAUACAAUCUCGACACAGAGUUAAGAAAACCUUCCAAAAAUGAUUGCAAAGACAAUCCUGCUGAGUCAAUUGCCAGCUCUGGUGAGGUUCUUCGAAAGACCCAAGAAAGUGCACUGAGAAACAUGUUGCCGCCUCGUUAUGAAGCAACUAUUCCCAAAUUUCAGCAAGUUCACAACAGUCGUGGACAAUCAAAUCAAAUGUUUAAACCCAUGUACCCCCCUCAAAAUGGGGCUCAACAGAAUGUUGGUAGAAAGUCCACAACUGCCAGUUCUGGGUUGAUCCUGGUUCAGCAGGCUCCUACAGAUGCUCUGAGUGGGAAAGAAUCCAAUAAUCGUAAUGUGUAUCCUAGUUUUUCAGAGCGUGAAGUAGCAUUUGCCUCUGGCCAGACUUCUCAUCAAUACCAACCUUUCAAAGUGACCCAGAAUUCCAGAAAUGCCCAGCCAGCCACUGACUCUUAUGGUAGCUCUUCUAAGACUGGAUAUCAGACCUUCUCUUCUUUAAAGGGAACUUCAUACAAACCAAGUUCAGGCUCCUCAAAGUCCUCUACAAGUGUGUUCAGUGCCACCAACCCCAAUUUUGCUGAACCUAAUGAGAUUAACACGGUCCAUGUAAGGCCUAACAAACCAUUUGCAAGCAGCUUUGGUCAAGUACAGAGCCAAAGGGCUUCUGGUGACAUUAGCAGAGGUGCUUAUCAAAGUUCCUUACCUUCCAGUUACAUGGGUCUAAUGCCUAGUAAGGAGGUACAAAUAUCUGCUAGUUCCUCAGCUCAAUUUUAUGGUUCUAGAAACCAGAACCAACUUGUUGAAACUCAAGAAGACACAGAUGAUAUCAGAUGCAUUACAACCAUUCCAAGUGAAUUUGGCCAAGGUGCCAUUCGAAGACUUUCUCCUAAGCUUUCCAGCAAAUACAGACGAGUUAAACAAAAUGGACAAGAAAGACUGGAUUUUGUAGCCCCAAAAUGUUAUUCUAGUCUUGGUCAAAAGGGCUCAGUCAAUUUCCAGGAAGUGAACCGGUCUGUCUAAAAGCACUUCAACGUCUGCCAUAAUCCUUGCCUGGGUGUGCAUUGGGGAGGCAUUCAGUCAUCAGGCUCAGGUCUCUGCAAGGACUAGGAUGCUGUGACUGAUCCAGUGCUGAGCAUUUCAGUGAUUUGUUGAAACCGUGGACACAGGGGAUGGUCCUGGCAAUGUAUGAUUCUUCUAUGUAAAACCCUUUAAUAAAACAUCAAAUGUUUCAAAACAAACC